AACUGUUCCGAACAUUUCGCCAUGCGACGCCAGUUGCUGCACAAUUUAUUGGAGGACAAUGCGCCUCCAGAGGUCGAUGUUGGCCUGGGGAUGCCAAAGAUGCAAAAAACCCAACGUUUGGCCACUUUCUUCGUGGGAGAUCAGCAAAGAGAACACGACGUUUUUCCAAUGAGUUCCCGGCUGGCGCAGGAAAGGAACACAUCAUUACUUCGAAAACACACUUUUUUGGCUUCAUCAUUUCAAGAGAAGCAGGUCGUAUGUGCCAUCAACAUGCGUGAACGCUAUCCUGGCAUGCGAACAAAACGCUGUUGCGAGGAACCGACAGAAUCAAGUUGCCUGGCCUGCUGUCAGGAUCACUUUGCGUAUCGGGGCGACAAAUGCAUUGAAGUUUGCAACACCAUGUGCUCUUUUGGAUGGGACAAGAGCAAUCACAAAGUGCCGCAAUGUCCUGAGAAACUCGGUUCUGAAAGUGGAGGAGCGGAGGAGUGGUACGCAGAAGAUCCCAUGAAGGACCGUCCUCGACCAGCGGUGCCCGAUAAGAAGGCUGAUGAAGCCAAGAAAGCGCAGAAGGCCCUUGAACUUGGACUUUGAGCCGGCAAAAA